AUGUCCGUCGAGUCUCACGCUAUGGUUCCAUUCAAUUGGAACUAUCUUACUGAGGAUUCCAUUAAAGAUAUGGCAUCGACUCAGCAGGAGCUCGUAGACAAAAUCGGCAAGGACAAGUCUUUAUUAGAUGAUGUCUUUUAUGAAAUCGUAUUGUCGUUGACGGAACGUGCCGAAGAGAUUUCAUCCGAUACUCUGGUUGAGCUAACAGAUGCCAUUCUAGCUGGUUUUGUGAAUGUUGGUGAGAAGAUAGAAGCUUCCAUCGAAUUUUUACUGAUAUUCCAGGCCAUAAAUCCAAGUGAAAAGUUGAUUCCCUUCAUAGAGGCUGUAAAUAUCAGUUCAGAAUUAAAGAAUGAAUACUUAGAUCCGAGUGUACUAAGACACAGCUUGUUUCCAGACUAUAAUAGAUUAUACUAUUUGGAUGCCAGAAUUAGCAAUUAUGGUCUUGAGGUGUAUUCCUCUUUGGGUGAAAGCAGUGAAGGUUAUUCAAAGUUCAUUGCCGAGGCUGCUUCAUUUUUCCAUGAAUAUGGUGAUGUCGAUGGCCUUCCCUUGCUCACAAAGAACUUGGAUGUUCUAAUAGGACAUUUCAAAUUGGAUAUGAAUAGAUGCUUUCUUCUUUUACUAAGUAUUAUGGGCACUUCAGUCACUGAAAAGCUGGCCCUCGUUGACAGUGCUAUAGACAGGAUAUCGUUCUGGCAUGCUGAUGAAACUAACACCGCAAUUCAAUCUACAUUAGUUUCAUACCUCAGUGAUGCUACCAAGAUAACACCCGGUGAGAUGGCUGUGAUCGCAUUACUUGUCAAAAAGAAUAUUAUUGAUUUUGAUAUCAUCUUCAACUCGCUUUCACCUCGCGACUUUACACUUGAUGCCAAUUACGUGUUGAUUACAAAGGAUAACUCUGUAUUGAAAAUUCUCCAUAAGAAGUUCAAUGAGGAGUUGCAAGAAGAGGCUUUGAAAUCCACUGCAUCAGCAUUGGCAAUGGCCGCCCCUUUAAUCAAAGAUGAGGAUGACGAUGGUGAAAGAAGGAUUUCCUCUCACAGAGUCGUAUCAGAAACCGCCGUUACUAAAGCUUCUUUGUCUUAUACUCCGUCGAAAAGCUCUGUGAAAGAGGACUUGGAGCAAAUGCCCAAAAUUCGGUUUUUCUCCUAUGCCCUUAAGUACCGGAUGUAUGAGAACUCUAUAUUCAUAUUGACCCAGUAUCCGUUUCUUCCGGAGAUCAACGAUCGAAUUUCUGAUUUAAUCAAUGAGUUUAUGGAAUUCCUUUUGGAUCCGUACUACAUGAAACUAACCAAAUCUGUGAAAAAUACUCGGUUGUUAGGACAUACGGAUUGUGACCCUCUGAUUACUGAUACGGCAUCUCUUUUCAGAGUCUGCAAUGAGUUGGUUAAAUUUAAUGGCAUCAAAAUUGCUCGAAGCCCAAUUCUACUGAUGAAAUUGACCAGAAUUAUGUCACAGAGUCUAGCCAAUCAUGAAGAUAAAGACCUAUGGCUUCAGUUCUACCGUCGUUUUAUAUUUCCAGCUCUAAAUUUCGUGAACAAUAUGGCUAGUGUUAACGAGAUAUUUUCUGCUGUCAAAGGAUAUUUCCCCAUUCAAGCACGAUACAACUUGUAUGGAGAAUACCAAGUUGUGACGGCCAAGAACAAUCCCAUAUUAAAACUGAAUUACGGACGAACCACUAAGAGAAUGAAAGAUCUUCUGAAACGGCUAUCAACUGAAAAUUUAAGCACUUCCAUGAGAAAAUUCACCAAGAUUGUUUAUUCUAAUCCAUUGGCUGCUACUGAUGCAUUUGUAAGUCACAUUGAGAGUUACAAUAGCUUGACUGAUUUGGUGGUGGACUCAUCACGUAUGCUUAAUGACUAUUCGUGGGAAGUCCUUACAUAUCAGAUAUUGAACAAGCUUACAGGAAGCAGAACAGCCGUACAAGAAGAUGGUCUUAACUACAGUUCGUGGUUUCUGAACUUGUCGGAGUUUAUAGGAAGAUUGGCCCAGAAGUACCCUGAAAGUUUUCAAUUGGAGCCUAUUCUUACCUUAAUCGUCAAGAGUAUGAAUGGCGGUUUUACAGAAACCGCACUUAUUUUCAAAGAGAUUGUGCAGUCGAUGACAGGUAUUAAACAGAUCAACAACUUGAAUUCACGGCAGAUCUUGAUGCUUAAUAGUGAAGAGAGCAUUAAGAAGUUGGCAUAUGAUGUGAUUGAAGAUCGAAGAUUCAAACAACAUACCACAGGAAAGAUGCUAAUCAACUUGUUGGUGUCUUCGGAUUUCUUAAAUGAAAUGUUUAUUCUUUUGUGCAACUUGCCCACAAAGAUCAUAGAGGAGUCGCAUGCUCCACUCAAGAUCUUGAACAGAAAGUGUGACGAAAUUUAUUCCUUAGUUCAGACUUUCAUUGCCGCCAUUGACGAGAACAUAAAUUCCAAAGUGUUUACUCAUUAUAUGCUUUCUAUGGAGGUUCUUAUUGGGGAUUAUCAUGUGGAGCCAGCAUGGGCUUUCCGGAUUUGGAGGAGGCAUUGGAGUAGGGCAAUCAAGCUUCAACAGAUAUGCGGAGACGAAGUUGUUGUUAUGAGUGAAUUCAACAGGAGUCUCCCCAAGCUUCUACCACAUAUUAAAUGGGACAUGAUAUCUCCCCAAUUUUACUCGACUUUCUGGCAAUUGUCUCUUUAUGAGAUUGAUUUCCCUCGUAUCUCGUAUUCCAAUCAACUGGCUGAUGUCAAGACCAGAAUUGCUGCUGAUAGGAGAAAACUUAGUAAUAAGAGGGAGUUGAAUAAAAAGGAAGAAAAGAGGCUCAACGACGAAGUACAGUUGCUUCAAGAGGUUAUCGGUCAGGUCGACGAUGAUGCAUCUAAGCAUGAGAGGAACUUUGAGUUGGUGAAGAAGAGAUUGACAGGAGAGAAGGAUUUGUGGUUUACAGAUAUUGACGAGAGCAAUGCAGAAGAACGGAUUAAACAGAUUCUUGAAUAUUGCAUUCUUCCAAGGAUGAUCCAUUCCUCUUUUGAUGCGUCAUUUGUGGCUGAAUUUAUAUUCACUAUUCACAGAAUGUGCACAAGGGGAUACUCUUUGAUGUCAUUGUUGGACAAGUUAUUUACUGGAGGAUUUUUGGGAACCAUGUUGUUCACAAGCACUUCUACUGAAACUGAAAACAUUGCAAUUUUUUAUGAAGAAGUUCUUUCCAAGGUGAAUGAAUAUAGGAAGAGUAAGGAAAAAUAUGAGAGUUUACAUGUUAAGAAUGAAAACGAAAUGGAUGUUGAUGAGGAUAAAAACGGGUUUGAAGAAUUUAGAAAGACGCUAUUUAAAUGGCAUUCUAAACUAUUGGAAGAUUUGAUUAGCACUCUUGACUCUAAUCAUUACACUGCACGGAACAACGGAAUUAUUUUCGCCAAAGGAUUACUAUCGAGCUUCCCAGUUAUUGAGGAGCAGGGAGAAAUCCUUAAGGAGAAGAUGUCGUUGAUUGCUAUGACUGAGACUAGAGAGGAUAUUAAACUAUCGUGUAACGCAUUAUAUGGAUUGGUUGUAUCGAAACAACACCAGAUGAUACCUUCAUGGGAGUUUUAUGCUAUGGAUGAAACGAUGAAACAGGAUCUGAUGAAGAAGAAGCAUGAGAGACUAGAAGCAGAGAAGCAGAAACACGAAGAGGAGAAUAAGACAAGAAGAGAAAAAGAGAGGAAAGAAGAGGAAGAAUUGCGUGCUAAGAGGGCCAUAGAAGCCAAAGAAUCGAUAGAAAGAGCAAAGAAAGAUGCUGAAAAAAGUCUGGUGAAACCGUAUGGACUAGUUGGAUUGGCGCCAAGAAAGACGGAAACCAAAGCUGUUUCUGCUGUUUCUGCACGUGCUUCGACUCCUUCCGGACCUUCAUCCAGGAGUAGCACCCCUCAUUUGUUGGUCCCUAAGUCUGCCACUCCACCUAAAGGGCCAACUCCGGUCAGUGCUACUGAUGAGGCAACUGCUGCUGAUGUACCAAUCGCUGCAUCUAUAACCAAGGCUAAGCCUUCUUCUUCAGUGAUAACACCGAGUAAAACUGCUGCUAACCCCGGUAGCAUCUCUCACGAGCCGCCUCGUGGUCCUUCGAUGAAAGCAACAGAUAACUCUCGAGAACUACUACGUUCGAGAAUAGAAGAAGAGAAACGCAUAAACCGUAUGAGAAGUGCUAAAAUGAUCCCUCGAGAGCCUAGAGGUACGAGGAGUAAUCGAAUGCAAAAGUCCCCAUUACCUCCCCCUUCGAUUCCUCCAGUCAAAAGAGACGAGCAAGCACCUCUCCCACCACCUCCAAUGCCUCCUCCUUUGUCCAUGCAGCCGUUGGGACCAAGAGAAUCAAGAGAACGGGAUCGUCAGUAUCGUGACCGUCAUGAUCACCAUGACCGUCGUGAUUACCACGAUCACCGCGAUUAUCGUGACCAGUCGUCCAGAAAGCGUGCUUCUACUGAUGACGACAUAGAUGAUAGAACUAAGCGAGCCAGAUACUCGCGUCGCUGA